AUGCGGUACUCCGCCUCCGGGAAUCCGAUGACGUCUUUCAGCAUUGCCAGCAAUCACCGGUACACGACCGCCGCCGGAGAGCGGCGCGAAGAAACCGAAUGGUUCAAUUGCACUGCUUUCGGGCGGCUUGCAGAUACCUGCAACCAGUACCUCAGCAGGGGACAACAGGUCUAUGUUGAAGGCCGCCUCCGUUCCCGCCAGUACGACCGUCGUGAUGGAACGCCCGGAUUUUCGCUCGACGUGACGGUAACCGACAUGCAAAUGCUAGGUCGUCGCGACGACCAGAUGGAUGACGGCGGUUACGGCGGGCAACAGGACCGCAACUCCGGCGGCCGGGCCGACAGCGGCGGGUACGGCGGUCAACCGGAACCCAGCUACGGCGAUCGACCCGACAGCGGCGGGUACGGCGACCAACGCGGCGGAUACGACGACCGGCGCGGGGCCGGCGACGGAGCCGGCAACGCCGGCGGGCCGAUGGACGUUGACGACCUUCCCUUCUAA